AUGCCACCAGAAGUAGCACAUUAUCACCAUCCUAGCCUCACUCCCAAAACUCCCCUGCUCGCCCGCCUCAAGCAUCGCCAGCAGGGGAGGAUGAAAUUCGCGAAGAAGAAGAUCAUCCCGCUUCUACUUUUCAUCUUGUGCAGUGCUUCCAUCUUCCGGUUUCUGAACACCAGCACCAUCUUCGCCAACUUCUCCGCAUCUCUACCUUCCCAGCCCUACCCACGGGCUCCCUCCACAGACGACGACAGCAGUUUAACAGAGAAGGAGACGCGGUUCAUCUUGCGCCUCCUGUCCCGGAGAGUCCCUUGCAAUCUGCUGGUUUUUGGAAGUGCAGAUGAGUAUUCAAGCAUGGCUUCUCUAAACAGCGGUGGACUCACCAUCUUUGUGGAGGAUUAUGGCGAGAAGACGAGCAAAGAGAACAGCAACGCACGAGUUCACAAGAUCGUGUACGACACAAAAGCAUCAGAGGCUUACCAGCUGCUCAGAGAUGCAAGAGGGAAUCCAGACUGCUUGCCAGAGUCACACAUGAGGUGCAGGCUGGCACUGCGGAACCUCCCACGGGAAGUGUACGACACGACGUGGGACGUGGUGGUGGUGGACGGGCCGGGUGGGGGUACGGCGGAGUCACCGGGCAGAAUGGGGUCGAUCUACACGGCGGGCCUACUCGCAAGAAGAGGAGGAAACAGUAGUGAAGUUAUAGUGCAUGAUGUGGAUAGAAUGAUUGAGAAGUGGUUCUCGUGGGAGUUCUUGUGUGAGGACAACUUGGUUUCAUCCAAGGGCAGAUUCUGGCAUUUCCAAUUACUCCCAAAAACUAAUGCAACCAAAUCAUGA